AUGCGUGAAGAUGGAGACCCAGAUCCUGAUCGCGAUCGUCCUCCGGGGAAGCCGUGGUGUGCCAGCAUCGCAUUUAAACUGACCCUUCCGCUCAUUGUGGGUUUGACGAUUGUCAUGCUUGCACCUCAAAUUUGUUUUCUCUUUGAUCUUGGAUCGAUAGAUAUGAAGCUUACGAGCUCAAUUGCGGUUUGUCCGGCGCUGGCUAUGGCGAGGAACGUCACAUUUUAUACGGAUGAUGCCCUGGCUCCGACUCCACUACCGCCGGCUCAUGCAGCUUCAGAUGGACCAGAUAUUAUACACGCUUUCCAGUCUUUGAGUCGCACAACUGUAUGGAAAAGCAUUUCGAACAUUACUUUUGAGAGCGACACGUUUGAGCCUGAGGGAAUGGUACGCUUGGGCGAUGACCGUUACGUGGUCAGUUCAGGGCAUUGGACCGUGCCAACUGAAAAGUACGGCAAGAUCAUCAAUGGAACAGACCGAACAGCUGGUGCAGGGCUGGCUCAUCUGAUGGUGUACAACAGUGAAGGAAAGCUUCUUGCUGAUGCGACAAUCACGAAAGAAGGGAAUGAUGAGUAUCACAAUGGAGGAAUUGACUACGAUGGUCAGUAUAUCUGGGGGACCAUCGCGCAGUACCGACCCAACAGUAUCGCGUAUGUAUAUCGGACAGACCCAGCAACCUUGGUGCCAGAGCGUGUCCUCAAUUAUAAAGACCAUCUCGGCGGUAUUGUCCACGACACCCGCGACAAUUUCAUUACGGCUCUGAAUUGGGGCGCACGAGACGCUGCAACAUGGGAUCUGAAGAGUGCCAAAACAGGUUGUGACGCAGCACCGAGACCCGAAAGAGUCGUACGGAAUCCAAGUUAUUUCAUCGACUACCAAGACUGCAAGUGGCUGGGCCACAGUGGUUUCUACGGCGGAAAGAGUGUCAUGCUUUGUUCAGGCGUCACGACAAUUGGCGGUUACAAUCUUGGCGGCAUCGCUCUCGUGGACGUCAAAACGAUGGUUCCUCUAGCUGAGGUGCCAAUUGAGCUGGAGAGUAAGCUUGGCGUGAGAUUGACGCAGAAUCCAAUGGAUGUUAGCGUCAAGGAUGGUAAGCUGAGGCUCUACCUACUGCCUGAUCAGCAUAACAGCACUUUAUACAUUUACGAAGCCCAAACUUGA